AUGCAGGCGAAAAUCACCGCCGUUUUGUCGCUGCUGAUAUAUAUCUGCCUGAGCCGCCGGUCGCUGGCUCUAAACCAGGAGAUGCUCGUCCUCCGGGGGCUGAGGCUCUCACUCUCCGACCCAGCCGGAGCCCUCGACAGCUGGUCCGGCGGCGACCCCUGCAACUGGACAGGUGUCGCCUGCGACCAGCAGGGCUCCGUCGUGUCGGUGUCUCUCCCGAGCGCCUCCCUCGUCGGCCCCUUCCCGCUCGAGCUCUGCCGCCUGCCAUCCCUCUCCAACCUCUCACUUUCCGACAACUACAUCAACGGCACACUCCCACUAGCCAUCUCCGGCUGCCGGAGCCUCGUCCACCUCGACCUCUCCGAGAAUCUGCUCGUCGGCUCCCUCCCACAGACCCUUGCCGACCUCCACUCCCUCAGGUACCUUAAUCUAAUGGGAAACAACUUCUCAGGCGAUAUUCCGGCAGCUUUCGGUCGAUUCAAACACCUCGAAUCUCUCAUCCUCAAUCUCGACGUGGCCCAAAACGGGCUAACCGGUCCCAUACCGGCCCAGAUCAUGCGCAUGACGAAUAUUGUCCAGAUCGAGCUGUACAACAACUCGCUCAACGGGACUCUUCCGGCCGGGUGGUCUAACCUGACAAUGUUGAGAAGACUCGAUGCGUCUAUGAAUGGGUUGACCGGGAUUAUCCCGGGCGAGCUUUGCGGAUUGCCACUCGAGUCGCUCGCCUUGUACGAGAAUCGACUCGAAGGGAUAAUCCCGGAUAGCAUCGUCAGGUCACCUAACUUGCAAGAGCUCAGUCUGUUCAAUAACCGGCUGAGGGGGACAUUGCCGAGCGAUCUCGGCAAGAACUCGCCUCUGCAAGUUCUAGACGUGUCGUAUAAUAGUAAUCUCUCCGGUGAAAUCCCCGAGUUUUUGUGCCUGAAUGGGGUUUUGUUGGAAAUAAUUAUGUUGAACAAUGCAUUAACAGGGAAUAUUCCGGCGACUCUCGGAGAAUGCCGGAGUUUACUACGCAUACGGUUGAAAGGCAACAGGCUGCAGGGCGAAGUUCCACCUCAGCUCUGGGGCCUACCGCUGGUUUACCUUCUCGAGCUCUCCGGAAAUGAACUUUCCGGAAAGGUCUCGAGCACGAUAGGAGGCGCGAAGAACUUAUCCAUCCUCGCAAUUUCGAAUAACAGAUUCUCGGGCAUAAUACCGAGUGAAAUCGGGCAAUUAGACGGUUUGAUCGAUUUUUCUGCCGGAAGGAACUCUCUGACCGGAGAAAUCCCGAGCAGCAUUAUAAACUUAAAGCAGCUCGGGAGGCUCGACUUGAGCAAUAACAAUUUGUCGGGUCCGAUUCCGAAAGAGAUUCAGUCACUGAAGCUGCUAAACGAGCUCGAUUUGGCGAAUAAUCACUUAUCAGGCCAUAUACCGGACGAGCUCGGGUACCUCCCAACGCUCAACUACCUCGAUCUUUCAAACAACAACUUCUCCGGCAAAAUCCCGUUCUCACUGCAGAAUCUGAAGCUCAACAGCUUAAACCUCUCGGAAAAUAUGCUUUCAGGGGACGUGCCUCCUCUCUUCUCAGACAGAGCUCAUCGGGACAGCUUUCUUGGAAAUCCCGAGCUUUGCUUCUAUAGUUCUAGCUCGUGCAAUCGUAAAACAGAAGAAGAGGAUCGAGUCUUUUUAUGGGUGAUGAGGUUCGUUUUCACCACAACGAGCCUCACUUUACUAGUCGGGAUCGUUUGGUUUGUUUUGUUGAGGUACAGGAAAAUCGAGCAAAUGGCUAAGGAAGAUCGAGCCGCCAUAACUAAGUGGACUUCCUUCCAUAAGCUUGCAUUUAGCGACAGCGAAAUUAUUAGCAGCCUCAAGGAGACGAACCUGAUUGGUGGAGGAGCCUCCAGUAAAGUCUACAAACUCGUCAUGAGCAAUGAUGAGGAAGUAGCUGUGAAAAAGCUGCACGAGAAGUGGGAAAAUGACGAAAACAACCCUGAAUUUGAAGUCGAAGUCGAGACACUAGGGAAAAUAAGACACAAGAAUAUUGUGAAAUUGUUGAGCUGUUGUGAUGCAGUGAACUGCAAGCUCUUGGUGUAUGAGUACAUGCCGAACGGGAGCUUAGGGGACUUGCUGCAUGGCCGCGAAAGAAAGAGUAGUGAGCUUUUGGAUUGGCCCACGAGGUUUCAUAUUGCUUUGGGUGCUGCCGAGGGGCUCUCGUAUUUGCACCACGAUUGUGAUCCGCCGAUUGUGCAUAGGGACGUAAAGUCGAACAAUCUGCUACUCGACCGGGACUUCGGUGUUAAAAUCUCGGAUUUCGGUGUAGCUAAGGUUGUCAAGGAAGUUGAGAAUGGUGUGGAGUCCAUGUCUGUCAUUGCUGGUUCCUGUGGUUACAUUGCACCAGAAUACGCAUAUACACUGCGUGUAAACGAAAAGAGCGACAUCUACAGCUUCGGCAUAGUCAUUCUGGAGCUCGUAACCGGGAAACUGCCAACUGACCCAUCACUUGGGGGCCGAGAUUUGGCAACUUGGGUAUGUACAACCUUGAAAAGGGAAGGGCUAGAUCACGUGAUCGACCCAAAUCUCGACUCAGAAUUCCAUGAACACAUUCGCAAGGUUAUUGAUAUUGGACUCAUCUGUGGCAGUAAACUCCCGACCAGUCGUCCCUCCAUGCGCCGGGUGGUUUCUAUGCUGCGUGAAUCGGGUGCUAGCAUGUUUAAUGAUCACAGUGUACAUGAAAAAGAAUAA